AUGUGGCUGAACACCACCGUCGCGCCCCUCUUCUUCGCAGACCAGUUCCUGCAGAUCUCCACGUCCUUGCCCUCCUGUUUCAUUUCUGGGCUCGGGGAGCACCUGACGCCUCUGGUUCUCAACACGUCGUGGACCAGGGUCACCCUCUGGAACCGGGACAUGGCACCUGUGGGACUGAAGCGAGGGGUGUUCAUCCGAAACGCCACAGGGCAGCCCCUGAUCGGGAAGUUCUGGCCGGGCCCGACGGUUUUCCCGGACUUCACCAACCCAGAGACUCACGAGUGGUGGCACGACAUGGUGAAGGACUUCCACGACCAAGUGCCUUUCGAUGGCAUGUGGAUUGACAUGAACGAGCCGUCGAACUUCGUGGAGGGCUCCCAGGACGGCUGCCCCAACAACAGCCUGGAGCAACCCCUCUACGUGCCAGGUGUUUUUGGGGGACGCCUCCAAGCCGGGACCAUCUUUUUUGGGUGACGCCUCAAAGCCGGGACCAUCUGUGCCUCCAGCCAGCAGUACCUGUCCUCCCACUACAACCUGCACAGCCUGUACGGGCUGACCGAGGCCAUCGCCUCCCACGAUGCGCUGCUGAGGGUCCGGGGCAAGCGCCCCUUCGUCAUCUCGCGCUCCACGUUCGCUGGGCACGGGCGCUACGCGGGGCACUGGACAGGGGAUGUCGGCAGCAACUGGGAGCAGCUGUAUUACUCCGUACCAGAGGUGCUGCUCUUCAACCUCUUCGGGGUGCCGCUGGUGGGUGCUGACAUCUGUGGCUUCGUGGGCGACACGUCCGAGGAGCUGUGGGUGCGCUGGACCCAGCUGGGCGACUCCACCAUCCACAGCAAAGGGCAGUGGAUCCUCUUGCAAGCUCCCCUGGACACCAUUAACGUCCAUGUCCGCGCAGGGCACAUCCUGCCCCUGCAGGAGCCUGCAUUCAGCACUACUGAGUCCCGCAAGAAGGGGAUGGCCUUGGUUGUGGCACUGACACUGGACGGCUUUGCCAGGGGAGACCUGUUCUGGGAUGACGGGGAGAGCUGGCAGACCUUUGAGAAGGGGGACUACACCGAGAUCCUCUUCCUGGCCACGCACGGCGCCGUGCUCAGCCAGCUCCUGCAGGCAAGCGCCCACCUCGACGGGGUCCUGCUGGAGGCCGUGACCGUGCUGGGCGUCACCAGCCCUCCCCGGCAAGUCCUGGCCAACGGUGCCCUCGUGGGUGACUUCUCCUACCGCAGCGACACCCAGGUGCUGAGAGUCCCCGUGUCGCUGCCGAUGUGGGAGCAGUUUGUGAUCACUUGGUCCUGAGCCCCAUGCCAGACCUGUGCCACUUGGUGGGGAGAGGCGAUGCUGCUCCCUCCUGCCCUGGGUCUGAAUCCGUCCCGUCCUUUGUAAAACCAGAGCUGCUGCUGCUCUUCCCACGCAACGCGGCUCCUGGGCUUUGGCUUCCCUUCUGGCUAAUGUGAGUUCACUGGAGAUGUGUGCACUGGACUUGCAUCGGGGCGAGGGGGCUUGCACAACCGCUGGGGACAGGGAAACCCUCAUCUCCUCCAAAAUGGGGAAAAAAAAGACCCAAGUGCCUUGUGAGACAACAAACCUGUUAACAUGCGGAACUGGUAACCUAUCAAGGGACUGCGGGGAGUCUCCUGGCUGUCUUUUUGGGGAGGGGGAUCCGUGCAGAGGGGCGAGGGAGCAGUGCUGUGAAUAAAGUUGCUGUUUGCUGGGAGCAGCCCCAGGCCG